AAAGAGACCUAUAUAUACCGAGCCAGACUGCCGAACUACAAAGCACAAUGUGGGCGCAAUAUGGGAUUGUCUCAGCUCUGCUGGUUCUGUCGGCGAGCGCGGAGUUCACGGAUCCCCACUGCAAUGGGAAGCAGGUCAUCGUGCACCUGUUUGAGUGGAGGUGGCCAGACAUCGCCUUGGAAUGUGAAAGAUACCUGUCUAAGAAAGGGUACUGUGCUGUCCAGGUAUCCCCACCCAACGAGCAUGUGGUGGUGACGAAGGACUACCCCCGUCCUUGGUGGGAGGUGUACCAGCCGGUCAGUUACAAACUCACCAGCAGGUGCGGUAAUGAGGAUCAGUUCAAGGACAUGGUUUCCAGGUGCAAGAAAGUUGGGGUCAGGGUUAUCGUUGAUGGGGUUAUAAAUCAUAUGGCCGGGCUGGGGAGAUCUGGAACAGGAACGGCAGGUAGCAGCUUCAACUCCGACAACCUGGACUUCCCUGGUGUACCAUACAGGAGAGAGCAUUUCAAUGACCGCAGCACGUGUCCAUCUGGUGACGGUAACGUCAACAACUAUGGCGAUCCCAAUAAUGUGAGAAACUGCUAUCUCGUUGGCCUCACUGAUUUGAAUCAAGGCGUCGAGUACGUGAGGGACAAGAUCUCUGGCUACUUCAAUAACCUCAUUGAUAUCGGAGUGUCUGGUUUUAGGAUUGACGCUGCCAAACACAUGUGGCCUGCUGACAUCAGCGCAAUUCAGAAGCGGGUGAAGGAUCUCCCUGAGGGAGGUAAAGCGUUUUGGGCCCAUGAGGUGAUUGACCAGAAUGAUGGCGCGAUUAAGGUGGGAGAAUACACUUCUUUGGGCUACGUGACUGAGAUGAGAUAUUGUCAAAAAAUAGCCCAAGGUGUACACAACUUUGGAGAGCUUGGCAAUGUCGUUGACUAUGGCUGGGGCAUGACACCUUCAGCUAACGCCUUAGUCUUUGUUGAUAAUCACGACAAUCAGAGAGGCCAUGGUGGUGGGGGAAAUCUCAUCACCCACAAAACACCCAGGGAUUACAAGAUGGCUCAAGCGUUUACACUGGCCUAUAAUUAUGGGUUUGUCCGAGUGAUGAGUAGUUAUUUCUUCGGAGAUGACUCUGAUGCUGGACCUCCUGACAAAGACGUUAGUAUCAACGCAGAUGGCUCCUGUGGUAAUGGCUGGGUUUGUGAGCACAGGUGGGCCCCCAUUGCCAACAUGGUGGCGUUCAGGAACGCUGUAGCUGGCACUGGCAUCGAACACUGGUUUGAUAGUGGGGACGUCGUCGCCUUUGCCAGAGGUAACAAGGGCUUCUUUGCGAUGGCGAAGCAAGGAAAUCUGGAUCAAACCUUCCAAACAGGGCUGCCAGCUGGAGAAUACUGUGACAUCAUCCAUGAUUGCCAACAAAAGGUCACAGUGGAUGGAUCAGGAAACGCCCAUAUUCACAUCAGCAACAACGAGGAACCAAUAGUCGCCUUUAUUGUUGGUGGUCCAUCUGGCAGCACAGGAGGCGGAAACACUGGAGGGGGAACUCAAGCCCCCGUUACCUCAGGCCCCGUUGUGACACCCGACUAUGGAAGUGGUAGUUGGAAACACACAGUGAUAUUGGUACAGAGGCAGACCACCCCAGGCCAGGAUCUCUUCAUCAGAGGAGGCAUUGACCACGCCCACAUGACAGGAUGCUCGUCUUCGGUGUCCGGGAAUCCUUGUGCUAUUCCGAUCCGCCACAGGGACCUUGGUUCUGGCCCUCACUUCAGCAAAUACAAUGCAUGGAGCUCAGGAGAUAACUACUUGGACUGGUACGGAGCUGAGCCUGGGCAGGGGUCAUCUGCCACUGGAACACCUGCACUGUGGACAACGAACACUGCUGGCAGACCAGAGUAUAGCAAAUACAAUACUUUCGGGGACCAUUAUUGGCUUGUGGACAUUGACAUGGAUUGCUCAAAAACAAAAGAUGGCUUUUUCGAGUUCAAGUCUGUAGUCAAUGGCGGCUGGGAAGGCAACGUCGCUGGGGGAUCCUGCAGUGGAGCUGGAGCUGCCACACCUCCCUAUUCGAGUAAGAACCACUUUGGCAGGUGUGGUUAUCUUAAUGUCUUCCACUGGGGCAGCGGCAGCUGUUCUAUCACGCAGCUUACCUAACCCAAGUGUUGUGUGAAGGAUGGUGCAAACAUAUGCAGAAGAUGAUUGGAUUGACUUAUUUGAAAUAAACGCCUAUAAAAACAA